AUGGCCUUGGCGUGGGCGUUCACCAUCCCAUUCCUCCCAACAGUCUCUGCAUACCACAUCUUGGUAGCUGUUCUUCUUUUCUUCAUUCUGCAAUGGUUUUUCCAACGCAAACAGUACAACAAAGUCUACGCCAACUGGCCUUUGCUGGGCUCGUUCCCGGUGUUGGCCUGGAACAGCUACAAGAUACAUGAAUGGAUGACGGAGGUUUUCAUCAAGCUCGGCACCAAUUCCUUCUACCUGAAGGGCCCCGUCUUGUCUAAGCUCGACUACCUGGUGACUUGUGAUCCCCAAAACUUAGAGCACAUCUUCAAGACCAACGUUGCCAACUAUCCAAAGGGCAAGAAUUUCAUGCAGAUAUUCGAAAUUCUGGGCGAGGGAAUCUUCAACGCCGAUUCUGAGUCMUGGCAAACGCAGAGGAAGAGUGCACACUGGGCUUUCAGGUCGGUUGAUUUCAGAAGCUUCGUCAACAGCACUGUGCAGAAGGCCAUUCAGAACAAACUUCUGCCUGUGUUGGCUAACGUGGCCAAGGAAGGUUGUCCAGUAGAUUUGCAGGAUUUGUUUCUGAGGUACACCUUUGAUACCAUUAAUAUUACAAUCUCGGGAAAAGAUUUGGGAUGUCUUGCAGAAGGGCUUCCGACUAACGUAGUGGCUACAGCUGUUGAUGAUGCACAGGAGGCCGUGAUUUACAGGGUUUUGACGCCAACGUUUUAUUGGAAGUUGCUCCGUUUGUUGAAGGUCGGAACGGAGAAGAAGUURGCCAAAGCACGUGAAGUCGCUGAUAAUACGAUUUAUGAUAUCAUUUGGCGUAAGAAAGAAGAAGUGCUUAAAGGAGUAGAAUCAGAAACAAAUAGCUUACUCUCCACCUACAUUAGAUCACAAGGAGAGAAGCCCGACUGGUCUGAGGCUAGGGUGAAGUUCCUUAGAGACACGGUUCUCAACUUCUUCCUAGCUGGGCGGGACACUACAGCUUCAGGUCUUCUCUGGUUCUUCUGGUCGCUUAACAGAAACCCUCGUGUGGAGGCAAAACUCCUGGAAGAGUUGAGGUUUGUAUUCUCUCAGAGGGAGAGAAAAGGUGAGGYUAAUGCGGUAGGCAAGAAGAAAUUCAUGUUCGAACCAGAUGAUUUGAAGAAUCUGUUGUAUCUGCAUGCAGCAUUUUGUGAAACACUAAGGUUGUUUCCUCCCGUCCCUUUGAACAGAAAGGGUGUCGUUAAGAAGGAUGUCCUCCCUGAUGGCAGUGUUGUCAAACCAGGGAUGCAGGUUCUGCUUGGAGUUUACUCUCUAGCAAGGAUUCCAUCAAUAUGGGGGGAGGAUUGUUUGGAAUUCAAGCCGGAGAGGUGGAUUAAAGCGGAUGGGACUCUGGAUAAUGACAUGAUUUCCAAAUUGUUAUUUGCAUUCGGAGGUGGCCCAAGAAUCUGCAUAGGGAGGGACAUGGCUUUCACCAACAUGAAGUUGGCCGCUGCUGCUAUCCUCUCCAAUUUCCAUAUUCAAGUGGAAGAUGAUCAUCCAGUCUCCUUGAAAUCAACAGUUGUUCUUCAAGUAAAUGAUGGAUUGAUGGUCCACGUAAAAGAAAGGAGUUUGUUCUAA